AUGCAAGGUUCUGCCCAGGAUGGGUGGCAACCACACGAGCACUCGACACUGCUGUCCGACACUCGUCCCGAAGCGGAAAUGUCCACACCGCUUGAAAGGUUUCGGAUAUGUAAUACGUCAACCCAAAAUUAUAUUUUGUAAUAUGUAUGUUAUACAAGUAAUUUCGUACUUUUUUCUUUGGUGAAUUUUGUUAUUUAAACAGUAGUAUUAGAUGAAGUUCAGGGGCCUGUUGUACGAAGGCCGGAUAGUGAUUUUUCAAGCUUUGUUAAAUCAGUCGUUGAUUGGUAUAACUCGUAUUAAAGUUUAGUAUUUAUUUAUUAACUUUACAAUCAUACAAAAUUAUAACGAUGAUUGAAGGUAUGGUCAACAGGACAUGAGUUCCAUGUGAAGACCAACCUGAAAAAAAAGUCACUAAUGUUUUCUAUACUUCCUGUGUCGUCUAUAUCCGAAGUUUCACAGUUUUUCAAGCAUUUUUAUACAAAGGCUGAAAAAAUCACUAUCCGGUGGAUAGCGCGACCUUCGUACAACCUGCCUCAGUGCUAUAAUGCACACAAUGACGACCCCAGUACUAUAAUGACAUGCUGAAUGAAUGCUGCAGUACAUAUAGCUUUUGAUUCGUCUUGAUGAAAACAUAAUCUUAAAGAUCCGAAUGAUAUUUGCCGAUAAGAAAGAUGAACUUAUGAGAUAUGAAUGAUGCUUGAUGAGUAGAAGUUACUCUGAACAUUAAGUAGAGCAGCUUGCAGCUAUAUAUACAACAGUCAAGUAAACCAAAGCACUACACAUUAUUUUCUGUAGGCCCGGAGAGAAUACUGAACAUUCUCAGGCUGCCGCGAACGAAGAUUCCGGAAGUAUAGACUGUCAAAACACACAGGAACAUGCGGAGAAGAAAUUGCGUGGUUUAAAGAAAAAAAUACAGCAAAUUGAGAAACUGAAAUCCAAACAGGACGAAGGAGAAGUAUUAGAAGAUCUUCAGGUAAUAUAAGUAAAGAAAAAGACUGUGUUAUAAAUUAUCUCUUCUUGCUAAAUUGCAAAGAACGCAAUUUAAACGUGAGCAGAGUCGAGGGUUGAAGGCUGGUUUACAGUACAACGUCUGUGAUCAAUGGAGAAUGAAGGAUUUGUAAGAAAUGUUUGAGGGAACUUACUCAAUGUUUACAACUAAGUCAGUUUCCUCAAGCAUUUCUUACAAAUCCUUCAAAACGUGGAAUUUACCCAUGCAAAAUUCCUACUGUGAUAUACUUUGAUAAUGUAAACCUCAGUUUUAUCAUCGCAUGUUUAGAUUGCUAAGAUUCAGUCAGAGGAGGCGAUUUUGAAGGAGAUUGAUGAACUACAGGAACGUUUGGAACAGAUGUGAGUAACUGUGGAUACCUAGGGUGCAGAAUCUGAAACAAACAUGUUCAGUUUUGGUGGCGUGCUGAAGUUUUAUUGCGGAAACGUGUGCCUUUCCUCAAGGGGAGUGGAUAGAUGACGCAAUUACUAUAUUGUAAAUGUCGGGUAUAGAGCCCAUUUGAGAAUGGUUUUAAAGAUCAACGCCAGGGAACAUGGCUAGGAAACAGUGGUUUCAUGUUUAGUCCACCUUUACGAAACAUGGUUUGCUCAUUUUCGGGAAACAUCGCUGGGAAUUUCAGGGAUUUCCACCUUUGCUUGGAAUACAUGCUAGGGAACAAUUUUUCAAUGCUUCCUUGUUUGGCAAGGGUGGAUUUGGGAAACAUGGUUUAGUAGAAACAAUCGAACAGUCGAUUGAAUCAUACACCACACUACUAUGCUAGUUAGACAAAAUUGUUCAUUUCGGUCGUUUUAAUAAAAUUAUAGUUGUAGUUCAAAUCGAGUUUAAAUUCAUAUAUGAUACACGAAUGAUGCUUUUAACUUUUCAGUGCCAACGAAAUAGAGAUGAUUUAAUUUCCUAUUUAAAAUGUUUGGCUAAACAGACUAGGAAUUCAGUAUUCUCGGGUGCUGUCUGACCUAAGUGACCUUAUUAUUAAAGGUUCAUGUACUAGAUAAAACAUGAGCAGCCGAUCUGUACUAUCUGAUAUAUAAACUCGAGCCGAAGGCGAGAGUUUAUAUAUCAGAUACAGAUCGGAUGCGAAUGUUUUAUCGUACUUAAAAAAUUACCCAUCUUAUGAGUUCAUUGGCGACUGAGUAAUAGUAAAAAUAAACAUUGUCUAAGCCGAGAAAACCAAAGCUGAAGUUUAUGUAGAUCAAGACAAAUCUUUAUCCGAUUUACAAACAUUGAUUAAACAUUAAUUUCUUUUGUAUUUUCCUCGUGAAUUAUUAAUGAAUUUUUUAAGGUAAUUGAACUGUCGUUGGAUUGUAUAGAAGCGCUAUAACAUUUUGAGUUAUGACUUAUGUGCUCUACAUAUCUUUUAAAAUUUGCUCUCAUUGCAUGCUGUUUUAUUAACUUUCAAAAACUAAAAAAUCGCGUCGCGUUGUCGAAUCGCGUCCGGUGUGUCUGGACCUUUAUAGAUAUCUAUUAUUUCCAUAGUAGUGGAGGCCCAGUGAUAGGUAAGUUCUACAAGUUUUUCAUAGCUAAGUAGCUAAGGCUACGCUUACACUGUAUUGGAUAGCUUUCCGUAGCGACGUGAAAAAACAGCUAUCCGUACCUUUUAGGAACGCUAUUUUCAGAGGAAUUAUUGCAACAGAGAGAUGUUGUUUCGCUUAGCUUCUGAAAGUUGUAUAUUCCGUAUUUCGAUAGAUGCUUUUUCGCGCCGUUACGGAAAGCUAUCCGGUAUAUUCAUUCACACAGUUGACCUCAAAAUACGAUUUGAAGUUCGCAGUUAGCGGUUUCCUACAAUUAAAAGCUUCCCAUUUACACAUGCACAUUUGUGGCAUUUAUGGAUUAAAGAACUCUUUUAGCAAAAAAUCGGGACUGACUUUUGAUACAGUCGCAAAGAGAACUGGGACCGACAUUUUGUGAUUUUCGCUGGGGGGUUUCAAUCCCCCCCCCCCCUGAUGCAUAUGAUUGUUCAAGUUCAAUUUGUUUUAAUGCAUAUUUCUAUUUUAUCAUAUACAAUGGGGUAUAAAAAUAAGCGCAGCUAAUAUCACAUAAUAAAACUGCUCGUUAGGAUUUGAUAAAAUAAUUUGGUUAACAUAGCUGAUAAACUUGUGGCUUUGCGUGGUGUUCCGAAAAAUUGCUAAAUAUUGUGAUAUGUGCUAAUUAUUAUUUGUGUUUUAUUUUGAAUCCAUUUGUUGGUCAGGUACCGUGUUUAUGAGUUUGUCUUGUGACUAUACUCGUUUUUGGCUAUACUAAAAUAUAAUGCAUAAACUACAAGUCUGCCUGGUGUUGCGUAUUAUUUGAAGAAUGGUCAUCUUGCUGUUCACUUUGCUCCCUUGGCCAUUUGCAAUGUCUACCAUUUGGCCAUGACGUAAUGGCACCACUAUCAUUCCCAUCUCCGUCCUCUUGUGCCAAAUGCUGAAGUUUACUGGUAGGUUGAUUAGUGUGAGAAGGAUCAUGAUUCUCUUCUGGGAUCAUUACCUCUAGUUUUUUGUUUUUAUACUGGCUUUUCAAUAUUUUCCCUCUUUUCUUUUCCUUUUUAUCAUUGCUUUCGUCAUUUCUAGGUUUCACAAAACUACAAGGAUCACGGCCGUCAACGAAGCCACGAGGAUCACCGCGUGAAAGGUGAACUGUAUCCAUGAUACAUCUAACCAGCCCACCGUUAUUUAAACUUUCCUGAUCUUUCACUAUAACUGGCACGAGUACGCACGUCUCUUUAAAAUCCUGGUCUGGUGGGUCUUCUAAUAUUUGAAACAGUGUUGCGUAAAGCAAUUUUACUUCUUCUUCACAAGUUUGUUUAUUUACACCGUUGGCUUGUACCGAGUUGCUCAUUUCUCUCAAAGUUUCCAAAGGCUCUUUGACGUAUUGUAUGGCAAAAACUUUCUGUUCACGUUCGCUGACGGUUAAACGAUAAACAGAGGAAUGGAAAGGUUCCUGAUUGUCCGCGGUGUCAAAUAUUCUUGUAAUAUUUCUGUCUACCUCUUCCACAUUGCCAGUCGUGUAACAAUCAAAUGGUAUGAGCAACAGCAAUUUUUUUAGGCUGACGCUUUCAUAGUCAGCAGAAUAGGGGCAAUUUAUUAUUUCUUUAAACUUUGGCAGUGCAUGUCUGAGAUAGUUAUAAUAGUAGGACCACGCAAGGGUGUAACCCGGACGCAUCCCUUUUUCCUCAAGAAUUGCUGAAAUAUGCACCGUGGAUUGUGUGUUGAGAUGAAGCAAAUGCAUAACAAGCGGGCCAACGCCGAUUCCCCCGAAAAUAUCCACAAGAUAGCUUAGCUCAAACCAUGGUAUGCCCGUUGUGAGAAUAAGAAUAACGACAAUUAUAACGGUCGAACCUAGCAAAACGAAUACUGGACCCUUUACGAUUCCACUGAAGCAAGCUUUUAUCAUCUUUAUACGACUUCCGUCGUAGCGUUGAUGUAGAUGAUGAUACUCUUCGGUAAUAAGCGACAAGCGGUCGACCAACGUGCCGAGUACGACACCAAAUAAACCCAACGCGGUGGCGAACAAGCCGGGAAAAGUUAACUUUUCCUCCUUUCUGUAGCAAACAUUUGUUGUAUUUUUCUGAGUUGCAUCAGGGUAGUACUCGACCACAUUUCGAUUGACGAUACAGAAAAUGAUUAGAAGUAUAGCUGUAAUUGUACAUAAUAUUAUCGACACGCAUCUCGCACGCUUCUUUCGCUCCUUCGGAACACGUUCGAAAUCAGAAUCUAUGUCGUUUUUUUCCCCGACAUUUUGUUGUCGAGAUGCCGAUUCAACAUCAUAAUCAUGUGCCCCCAUAUUACUGUUUCUUUAACGCGAGUAUGAUACAGUGUGAUACAGUGCAGCUUCAAGGGAGAAUCCAAAGUGCUUUCGUCUUCCUGUCGUUCCUUGGAAAUGGGCGCUGUUUGUGUUCCUUGGGUAAAUUAUUUGUCCUUAAGGACCCUUUAAUGGACCUAUUCCUAAUGAACAAAAUUUUGAUCUAGACAAGUUUAGACAAACAUUUUAUCACAGCUUGAAAGAGCAUUAGAAAAUUAGUAAUAUUCCGAAGUUUCGUUGCGAAAUGUUGUAAAAUGCGGAUAAUAUAGCCCUGCGAAGUUUGCCGUUUUUCAGUCAUUUUGUAUUACGCACGGGAAAUUGAUACCUUUUUUGAGAAAGCGGUAUCAAUUUCCCGUGCGUAAUACAAAAUGACUGAAAAAUGGCAAACUUCCCAGUGCUAUAUUAUCCGCAUUUUACAACAUUUCGCAACGAAACUUUGGAAUAUUACUAAUUUUGGGAUGCUCUUUCAAGCUGUGAUGAAAUGUUUGUCUAGAUUAGGGAAUAGGUCCAUUAAUUAAUUAUCACAACAACAAAUUGGCACUUUGUAUAAAUGUGGUGAUUUUUAGAUCUAUCUAAAAUGAAAUGGUUGCUGGUUCCAUUAUAGACUGCCCCAUCAGUCCACCCUGCCAAAGCGUCAAAACACACGAGUGUAUAAAUAAGACUUCUGUUUUGGUUAUAUGCAGGGUUCUGCCCAAGAUGGGUGGCAAACCACACGAGCACUCGACACUGUGCCAGUGGCGUAACGUUAUAUCAGGGGGCCCCCGGUUCAAAAUUUUCGAAGGCCCCCCUAGUAAACGUACCAAAGGCACGAGUCGUGCGCCGUAUAUGCACGACUUUUCUAGGGGGUCCAAGGCAUGCUCAUCCGGAAAAUUUUUGAAUCUAGACUCUCUGAAAUGCCAUUUCCUGGACUUUGGGGAGAGACUUUACAGAAUUCUGAUGGUCAUAAAACGACAUUGUAACAUAUCAGAGGCCCUGACCAAUGUUUUUGCUCUAUCGCCUAGGCCUGGGGGCCCCCAUUUGGGUUGGGGGCCCCCGGGUUCUCCCGGUCUGAGACCAUAGUAGUUACGCCACUGCACUGUGCAUGCUUGUCCGACACGGCGACACUCGUCCCGAAGCGGAAACGUCCGCAUCGCUUGAAUGGUUUCGAAUGUGUAAUACAUCAACCCAAAAGUUAUAUUUUGUAAUAGUUAUUUUAUACAAGUAUAAAUUUCAUACUUUUUUCUUUGGUGAAUUUUGUUAUUUAAACAGUAUAGUAUUAGAUGAAGUUCGGGGGAUGGUUGUACGAAGGCCGGAUAGCGCUAUCCACCGGAUAGUGAUUUUUUCAAGUUAAAUCAGUCGUAGAUUGGUAUAACUCAUUUAAAGUUUAGUAUUUAUAAGUUGAAUGUUUUUUAUACUUCCUGUGUCGUCUAUAUCCGUAGUUUCACAGUUUUUCAAGCAUUUAACAAAGAAAAAAAACACUAUCUGGUGGGAAAAAGAAUCACUAUCCGGCGGUGGAUAGCGCUAUCCGACCUUCGUACAAACGGCCCCAGUACCUGAUAUAACGCACACAAUGAGGCGAAUACUGCAGUGCAUAUAGCUUUUGAUUCGUCCUCAUUCGUCUUGAUGAAAACAUGUUCAACACUCGAAAUAAAUCUGGUAUUUCCGCGCACCCAUGUAUUAUUCUCUAUAUAAAUUAUCUCUUCUUGCUAAAUUGCAAAGAACGCAAUUUAAACGUGACUAUGCAGAGUCGAAGGCUGAAGGAUGGUUUACAGUACAACAUCUGUGAUCAAUGUAGAAUGAAGGAUUUGUAAGAAAUGUUUGAGGGAACUUACUCAAUGUUUACAACUAAGUCAGUUUCCUCAAACAUUUCUUACAAAUUCUUCAAAACGUAGAAUUUAUACCCAUGCAAAAUUCCUACUGUGAUAUAUUUUGAUAAUGUAAACCUCAGUUUUAUCAUCGCAUGUUUAGAUUGCUAAGAUUCAGUCUGAGGAGGCGAUUUUGAAGGAAAUUGAUGAACUACAGGAACGUUUGGAACAGAUGUGA